GGAAAGCGGAGAAUAUAUUAGGCAAAGGCUAGAGAAGUUAAAUAAAGGAUAAAAGCUUACGGUUCAGAUUGGAGAUGACGGCAUUUAUGAAAUAUCGACGGUUUAUCUGUGGAUAAUUACUGUAGGUUGAGAUGCAGGAGAUUCGAGCUUAGCACCAACAGACACUACCAUAAUAAAUAGCUUAAUAAUAUAUUCCUUUUUAGCUGAGAUAUUAUAAAGUAGGGUUUAAUUUGUUAUUAUCACGAGAACCACACAAAUACGCGGCAAAGAGAGAGAAAGAUAGAGAGAGAGAGAGAGAGAGAGAGAGAAAGCGGUGGAGUCGUGAUAAGGGAGAAGCUCUGGAUACAGUCUCUUCCCGUCGUCGGAGACGGAGUUUAUGCCUAUUGGCUCCUGAGGUUAGAUUAAGCUUCGUAUUUAGUGGAUUUUCUUCUUUUGAGAUAUGGAACAAGAUUACAUCUGCUCAGGGUGCUACCAGUAUCGAGUUUUUUCAUUGCAAGAAGCACUCGAUUGGCGGUUUCUUGUGCACUCAGAUUUCCUUAUCGGCUCUUUCGUGAACUGCACCUAGUGGUCAGACCUUCUGCGAUCUUUACGGAAGGUGUGAUGCAAAUUUCUGAUUCAGGGCUGAUGUUUGCAAGUUAUCCUACCUUCACACAGUCCUAGAGUGUCAUCUAAAUCUGUUCCCUGCACUCAAAAACUAGUUGGUCCUUCUUCCAUAUCCUGUUCUUAUGAGAGCUUGUUGAAGAAGGAUGAAUCAGUUUUUUUUCAAGUUAUGACUUUUCUUAGCUGUGUCUUUUCCUCGAGUCUCUGAACCCCUUGAGUGAAAUGUUGUGAGCAUAAGUUUCGUCCAGCUACCCAGAACAUUACUUUUUGUUAGUGCGUCUUCCAAUUCUCAGUAUGUUUUGUCUUUUUCUCUUAGCGUCUUUCUUUUGCCUUGUUGGUCAACCCAUUGAUGUUCAAACUUCAAAGUAAAUAAGGGUCAGUCUACCCAGCGGGAGAAUCAUUGAUCUUGCUGCCAUACGAACAACUGGAAGAUUAAAGUGAUAGACAUAUUUCAGAAGUUCUUUACAGAGAAAUACUUAAGGGGAUACUUUGCUUCACCUAGAGGCGAUGGAGAGGUAUACAUUACUCAAAGAAGUUGGUGACGGAACAUUUGGGAAUGUUUGGCGAGCUGUCAAUAAACAGACGAAUGAAGUUGUGGCAAUUAAAAGAAUGAAGAAGAAGUAUUUCUCUUGGGAAGAGUGUGUGAAUCUAAGAGAAGUGAAGUCACUUAGCAGAAUGAAUCAUCCAAACAUUGUGAAGCUGAAGGAAGUCAUCCGGGAAAAUGAUAUCCUAUACUUUGUGUUUGAGUACAUGGAGUGCAAUCUUUACCAGCUUAUGAAGGAUCGCCCUAAGCAUUUUGCAGAAUCUGAUAUCCGAAAUUGGUGCUUCCAGGUCUUCCAAGGCCUUUCUUAUAUGCAUCAGCGUGGAUACUUCCACCGUGAUCUUAAGCCAGAAAAUCUAUUGGUCUCGAAAGAUGUCAUUAAGAUUGCUGAUCUUGGCCUGGCCCGGGAGAUCGACUCGAGUCCACCUUAUACAGAAUAUGUCUCUACACGCUGGUAUAGGGCACCUGAAGUACUGCUACAAUCAUAUGUAUACACGUCAAAAGUUGAUAUGUGGGCGAUGGGUGCUAUUAUGGCGGAGCUGUUGUCUCUUCGCCCUCUCUUUCCUGGAGCUAGUGAAGCGGAUGAGAUAUACAAAAUCUGCAGUGUCAUAGGCAGCCCAACCGAAGAGACCUGGUUGGAGGGGCUGAACCUUGCCAGCGUUAUCAAUUACCAAUUCCCUCAGUUUCCCGGUGUACAUUUAUCAAGUGUGAUGCCAUAUGCUAGUGCGGAUGCGGUUAACCUUAUUGAGCGCCUUUGCUCGUGGGAUCCCUGCAAUAGACCGACUACUGCAGAGGCUCUACAGCAUCCGUUCUUCCAAAGUUGCUACUAUAUUCCCCCAUCUCUCCGUCCCAAGCUGUCUGAACCAAGAGGGUCUCUCGAGCAGCAGCAAUCCGUGAAGCGUUUACCAGCGGCUCCGACUUAUAAUGCUAAUAAGCCGUUGAACACCUACGUUACUCCAAAGACGAAUGCUCCUUUUAGCAAUGGUGUCAACAGUUAUGUUACUCCAAAGACAAAUGCUCCAUUUAGCAAUGGUGUCAACAGUUAUGUUACUGCAAAGACGAAUGCUCCUUUUAGCAAUGGUGUCAACAAUUAUGUUGCUCCAAAGAUGAAUGCUCCUUUUGACAAUGGUGCGACCCAGCAGAAGGUGGAUACGACUAAUAAUAAUAACCAGAACACGGCGUGGAACAACAAACCUGUGAGAAGUUAUAACGUUAAAGAUUCAAAGUAUAGACCACCGGGAAGGAAGAGUCCACCAUCUAUGGAAAAGAACUGGGUCUUUUCCCGUGGAGCAUCAGAGACUGCAAAUAAACUGGCAAAUGCAACAAUUGGAGGAAGAUGGACUCAAAGUCAAAGGCAACAACAACCGGCGAUGAAGGCAGGGUGGGUGGGAGAAAGUGGUGACAUGUUCCUCAGACCUACACAGCCUUCCAAUCCCUACUCUAGGAAAAUCGCCGGUUAAGCUGAAAGAUUCUGUUAUGGCGCAUCUAAGUUACGAGCC